AUGGAAAGCACUCUUGGCAGAGCCAGAAUUCUCAGGGACCUGGAGGCAGGUCUACCGCUUUCUUGGCUCCCAAAGGGGCUGCGGCAUUCAUUGCCAGUCCCAGCCUCAAACAGCCCACCUCUGGAGAGUGCACUAGCCCCUGGAAACGCGGGGGUUGGAAUUCCUUUAAGGGGUUGGGCCCAGCCCCUCAGACCCUUUCCGCGGUCCGCCCCGGGCAACCAGAACUACAUCUCCCGGCGACCCGCGCGCCUGAAGCUGCUUCCGCCCCGACCGGACUUUCCUGCUGCGGAUUGGCUGUGGCUGCUCUGGCUCCGACGAACGCUCCCGGUCCCCGAAGCGGCGCCCGGCCAGUUGGUUUGCAAGCUGGAACUUGUCGUGCAGGGAUUGAUGGCAUUCAAGGAUGUGGCCGUGGACUUCUCUCGGGAGGAAUGGGACUUCCUGGAUGCUACUCAGAGGCACUUGUACAGAUGUGUGAUGCUGGAGAACUACAGCAAUCUGGCCUCAGUCAGACUUUCCAUUUUAAAGCCAGAUGUGAUCUCCUUAUUGGAAGAGGAAAGCCAGCCUUGGCUGGUGAACAGGGGCAUGACAGCAGGACCUUGCCCAGGUGAGUGGGAGCUUAGGAGCAGAGGGGAGGCUCGGCAGCCAGCUGGCCUCGCAGCAGCAUCUUGGAUAUUUUUGCUGGGAACUGCUGCUCCCAGGAUGAGGCCUGAAGAGGGAGAGAAGGAAGGCCUGAGACCCAGGGAGAAAAAUAACUUCUCUCUCUCCCCUCUUAGUGAGGUAGGUAGGAAUCCUCCUUCCCCAUGCUCAUCCUCUUUACCUACAGAUUAAGUCUAAUUCUUUCCCUGCUUAUCCUUGUCAUUUAGACCUGUGUAAAUAUUGUCACUUAUAAAACAUAUUUUGGAAAAACAUGAAUUGAAUACUUAAUAUUUAAUGAAUUAUUCCCUUUUUAAAAUUUAUUUUCUUUAUUCAGUAAUUGAUGCUUUAUUCAUUUACUCUUUAUCCAAAAUGCGUUGAUGUUUAAUUUUUAUUUUUAU